AUGAAAACAUGGUUUGAAUGUAAACAGUAUGUUGCGAGGAUCCACUGCUGUUCCUAAAAUACAACUCAACAAAAAAGUCGGGAUGUUGCAGCGGGAUAAUCCAGAGAAUGAACUCCAUCAGCUGGUGAAACAAGAAAAGAUUACAGACGCAGACCUGGACACAUUAAGACUGGAAUAUUUUCUCCAGUCCCUUGCAGAAAAGAUAGAAGAUCUGCCAAAGACGUGGGUAGGAAGAACAUCAAAACUGGAGCUGACAGUACAACAGGCUCAAGAGAAACACUACAGAAUCAUGGAUAAAAGAUCAGAGUUCUCAAACAUCUGCAGCGAUUCACCAAAUCACAGAAGCUGCUGUCUUAACACAAUUGAAGUUGAUCUCCACUCUCUAGGCUGGACAACCAUCAUAGCACCAAGAAUAAUUCACUUCAACUACUGCAACGGAUCAUGUGACCCCAACAUGGUGCUCCCAAGUUUAUUCACAAAUGCAGCAGCACAACUGCUCUAUAGGUUACACAUCUCAAGCCCUGUACCAAUAAACCAACCCUGCUGUUCUCCAAGAUCAUUUGUCCCCUUGGAGCUGCUGUUCCUAAACACGACCAGCAGCAGUGUGGGGUCCAUGGGCAUGGACUUCUAUGAUAUUGAGAGCGUGGUAAUCCCUGACAUGAUUGUGGAGGAAUGUGGAUGUUCUUAAACAACUUUUGUGCCAACUCUUCAUUGAGAACAUUUUAUAAUACAAAGAGUUUAUAUUGCUAUGGAGUGAAUGCAUUUUCAAUAGCACUGUCUCUAACUAGUGAUAGGCAUCGUUUUGAGGUUCGUUUUGAAGUUGGUUUGGAGGCUGGUUUUGAGGUUUGUUUUGAGGUUUGUUUUGAGGUUCGU